GUUGGUUGGUUUGUUGUAUUGUGGCCUUUGCUUAUGGCCAAAUUAUCUACUCUGAGGCGUCCUCAGCAUUUUCCUGUCGGCCUGCAUAGAAUUUCAUUGAAAAGUGCGUGCAAACGAAGAAUCUGAAUAUAUCUCAAGAAGGACGGCCAUUUCUUUUCGAGGGCGUUAGUACACGCUGGACACCGUUCGGGCUGAAAAAAGUGUGAGGUUAGGUUCACAGAUCAGCGACCGUAGAAAAGAAUGGUGCAUAGCGCUGUGUAGACAAGUCGUGUAUGAGAGUGUGGCAGUCAAAAAUGGCUGCCUCGAACGACUGGUUUACUAUCGGGAGUACAGUGCUAUGUAAAACUUGCCACGAGCAGGAAAUCGAAGGCGAGGUACUAGCCUUCGACCCACAGACCAAGAUGCUGAUACUAAAAUGCCCAUCAUCCAGUGGUAGACCGUCUCUAAAUGACGUUCAUAUAGUAAAUUUAUCACUCGUAUCCAAUGUGCAAGUGAUACGAGAAGUUAGUUCAACUACCAACGAACCACUACAAAGCCUUAACUUGCAUAGGCUUAACACUAGAAUUCGUAAUCAGAUUGAAGAGAAGAAGAGACUGGUAAAGGCUCUGCAGGCCGGAGUAUCUCCAGAAGGACAAAAGCUGUUUAUUGCUAUUUCAAAAACUAUUCAAGAUAUUACGUGGAAUGGAGCUAAUAUUGUUGUAUUUGAUAAUGUCACUAUUAUACCACCUUACAAAGUGGACAAUGUACAUGGAAACACAGAGUCUGGCGCAUAUAGACAUGUAAAAAAAGUGGUUGAAAAACAUAUUAAAGAUACGGCACAACAGCAACAACAGCAGCAGCAACAACAACAAACACAAAAAGGCAGCGAAUUGCAAUAAGAACUCAAAAAAAAAUGGCACUACACCAUCGAAAUCGUGAAGAUAUUUUCAAGACAGUUCCAAUGUUUGACAAAACGAGAAGAGAAUUAACAAGAACUUGACUACUAGAUAAUCGACAUCUUCGAACGAACUCUGGUUUGUUUUGAAUAAGCGAAGACAAAUGAAAGUGCAAACAGAAAUUUCACAACUUCUUUAAUUUCGAAAUAUUAUUAGCCUUGUAUGUGCAGUCAUUUUAAAUACAGCAAGACGGUACAAUUCAUGAUUAUCAACCACUAGCCUAAACAAAAGCGAAUGGAUUAACUGAUUUAACUAGUUAACCGCAUAUUUGUUAUAUACCACAGAUGCACACAGUAUGCAUCGAUAUGAAAUACGCUGUAAUAAUUUGAUUCAAAUAUGUUUAUCAAUCGAGUUGUCGAUCAUCGCGCGAUAUGCGGUUAAGAGUUAAUUGAAAUUGAAUUCUCUUUUGAACGCAACCUCUUGCGUUUAUAGAACGUGGUAUUAUUUGAGCCCGUAUGAAACGGUUCAAGUUGUUUUGCAUAUAGCAUUGGAAUCCAAAGAUAACGCGAAUAUCGCGAGAUUAAGAUGAGACGCACGGUUGUCAACAUUUUGAGUAUUUUAUUGAUGGCGGCGUAAGUUUAGUUUCAACGAUGUAACUUUUUUCUAAUAAAUUAUGUUGAAGAAGAUUGUUCUAUACAGUUACAUCCCAUCAUUGCCGAAUAGAAACUAACAUCGUAAAUCGCAAUUAUUUAUUUAUCGCAAUUAUGUUUAUACUUACGAUUAAUAUAAACAUAGCGUGAAAUAUAUAAGAUAUAACAAAAUUAUUUGGAAAUAAAUAUCUUAUAAGUUUUUGCUUCAAGAUAAGAAAAACUUAUAAACGAUUAAUUUUCCAAUAUUGAAGAAUUAGAAUAACUACAAUUGUCGACAACCGUGUCUCUUGUAAUUUCGCAAAAUCAAAACACGUACGAUUUAAAUCAAAGCUGGAAUUCUGUUGCAAUUUUCGACCGAUUUUUAACAGCUUGUUUUUGAGCUAUCUGAAACAAAAAAACGUAUGAGAUUUCAGUUUUAGACGUUCUGAUAACUCGAUAAAAUGCAAAGAGACAGUUCUCAAAAAUCAUCUAAAAGUUGCAACUAAAUUUCCCAGAUUUAAUUUAAAUUAUUGCGGAGUUCCUAUGUUCAUUUUAAAGUUUAUUUUUGAUUCACGAAUGUUCCCGUAUUAUUUUUCGUAAAACUUUACACAGCCAAUCUUUCGGAAAUUAAUCAGUAGAAGAAUAUCAAAACCGUAACGUUCAUUACAUUGCACACACAACACGGGACGGUUUCGACACGGAUUUUUUUUUUUUUUUUUCUUUUUUUUGUACAGACCGAAUCGAUGAGUAUAUUACCUUGAAUUUCCACUUGUACAAGAUUAAUCUCGCAUCCGCGAGAUAAUAUUUUCCUUAUCGAAUUCGUCUCGUGUUCUUUUACCAUUCGAAUAAAAGAACAAAAAAAGACGAAAGAAAUUAUAAAAAGACACAAAUAAAUGUAAUAUACAUUCUGUA